AUGGAUAUUAGGCAGGAUGCGAUACCUUCACCGCACCGGGUGUCGAUUACAUCAAGGUACCGGUCGAGUGGGAAAUCAUCUCAGGUGCCGGUUCUAUUAUCUCCUCCUCCACAUAGACAGAGCUUGGUAGAGAAUAGGCUAUGGGGCGAAAGAAGGGCUUUACGCAAAUUCUUAGACAGCUCAUCAUGCUCUUCGUUCGGUCAGUACUUCCGUGUCCGUGGACAACUGCCGGGCCUUUUCCGGGCGAUGCGUUCAACCCUGGGACAAGGAGGGAGGAUCGACCCUGGCCCUUCUCAAUAUCUAGGGUCGGCAGCAUCCGCAAGAACAAGGAUGCUGAAUAUCGAGGCCGACGAUCCCUGCGAGAACCCCCUUGAAAGCACCCUCGAGAAGCCACUUGAGAAGCCCCCUGAACUUCAAAACCCGCGCGGUGAAAAAGUCUGUAUCGGAACAUACGAGACUGUCAAAGUCUGGAAUGCACGUGCUCGUACGGAGUACAUUCUCAAACGAUCAGCCUGA